AAGCUAUGUAGUGUAUCUUAACAACCAGGGAGCCACCUAGGCUCCUUGGAGCAAGAGUGGGAGAAACUGGAGGGAGACAGCUAUAUUCUUUUGUAAGCAGUAGACUUUCGGCUGCUCUACCAAUUAAAAAUUCCCAACUCAAGUGCGAAGAUUUAAGGAAAUCAACAACAACUCAGUAUAGACCCAUUAUGAGGCUUGGAGGGUAUCAACACCCUUGAGUUCCUAUCAACCAGAACACCUUCUUCUAAAACUGUCUUCAGAGUGAAAGCAGAGUUUUAGCAUCACAGUUAAAAUGGAAUUAUAAACAGAACUGGCCACUUUCACUCAGCGGGUCCUUAGAGUGUUCCUCUGAGUCAGGAGGCCUCAGCCUGGCUUUCUCAGCACACAGGGUCUGAGCACCUCUGGAAGGGAUCAACAAGACAGACCCCAAGACCUUUUGUGGCAACAGUGGAGAGGGAGGAACCAACAGUCCAUGAACAUAAGCCUCAAAUCCCCGAUGUCUGCUCCCCAGUUUGAGAGCAAAGGCAGCCAUAUUAUGGCUAGAAAUGGAAGUUAUUUUCUAGUCAGGCACACCCCUCAUCCGAGAAGGGUCUGCCACAUCAAAGGUUUGAAUAACAUUCCAAUCUGUACUGUGAAUGAUGAUGAGAAGUUAUUGUGGGGUGUUGGCCAGUUCGGCCACUUAGAGAAGGACGAGAUGCCAUUUGCCAAAUGCAGUUACCCACCUAGCACUGCAGCCCUGGAGAGCCCCGUCAGAGAAGUCUCCCCAGCCCCCAACAGUGUCAAAGUGCCCCCACGGCCUCAUUCUGAGCCCUGUAAAAAAAUCAAGGAGUGCUUCAAAACUUCCAGAGAGAAUCCCUUAGCGAUUAAAAAGGAAGAAAUUAAGGAAAAGGAUCCACCAUCACCUCCACAGGCAUGGUCCACUUCCGGCUCCUGUUCUUCGGAGGCGAUACAUACCAAGACUGACGUCAAAGAGAACACUAUUCGCAUACCAAGCUAUCUGGAUCAGGAAAUCAAAAUUCUGGCAAAGCUCUGCAACAUUUUACAUACCGAUUCUCUGGCAGAAGUUCUACAGUGGCUGCUUCAUGCAAGUUCAAAAGAAAAAGAGUGGAUCUCAGCUUUGAUUCACGCUGAGCUGACUGAGAUAAACUUAUUGGCUCACCAGCGAAGAAACACCUCAGCAGAACCAGCAGCAGAAACUGGGAAGCCACCCAAAGUUAAAUCGCCCCUAAAUUCAACCGCAAAAUCAAAAGUGCUGACCAGAUCUAGGGAAGGACCUCACCUGGCCAGAGUAUCAAGUCAAGGAUCUGAAGGAAAUAAGGAAGUGCCGAAAGAGGCUGAGCACAAGUCCCCAUUGUUUAUAAGAAGAAAUGAGAUGAAAAUACCUAUUACAGAAUAUUUCAGCAAACCAAAGUCUCCUCCUAGGCCUAAAACUCAGGAGAGCGUAGCAACAAAAGCAGGUUCAGCAAGAGCAUACAACAAGGAGACGUUCUCUCUCCCCAGAGAGCGUUUUAUCCUGUGAAAUACCACAGGUAGAGAUUCUCGACCCAGCUAAGUCUUUCACAAAUAGGCUUCACUUUGUUACAACGUCAAAUUAUUUUAAAAAAAUAUUCUUGUGUCAAGGAAUCAAUACAUCCUCUAUGUGGUGGCACAGGUAAAUCUCAAAGCAUCUGUAUAUAAUGUCACCAAAUAAAUAUUAAUGGAGACAAUGUU